ACUAUCAAUUUGAAAGAAGAUAGUGUAUCAAAUUGCUGGAAUUUUGAAGAAUGAGCGGAAGGCCGGCGUUUGAGCAGUUUACUGCUCAACCACCGCAACCAGCCGGUGAAGUUGUUGCUCAGCAAGCUGGUGAUGGAGCUCAAGGCCAAGAGCUGACAAUUUCCAAACUGGAAAAUGCGAUAACUUCAAUGGAGGAACAAGGUCUUCAGAAUGACCAUCGACACGCCAAAGCAGUUCUUUUGAAGCAAAAACUCCAAUCUGGUCUCCCAGACGCCGUUCCAGGACAGGAAAAUGGCGGGAAUCAACAAAUUACCCCAGCACAACUCAAUCAACUGAGGGCUCAAGUGUCAGCCUAUCGUCUUUUGGCUCGAAAUGAACAAGUACCGGCCAACUUGAUUGCGGAUGCUGUCAUGCUCCGACCAAAAGUUACAACUUUGUUGCCUGAACCUUAUGAAUAUCCAGGAGAGGCAGAGAAUGGAGAAAAGUUGCCGUAUGAUUUGAUGAAGAUUUUCAAUCUCCAUCAAAUACGCUGUAAUCGUCCAACAACAAUUUCUGUUCCAUCAGGAAUUGAUCCUGUUGGCAUGCUCAAGCAAAGAGAAAAUAUGAUUCAAAACAGAAUCGGGCUACGCAUGAAGCUACUCAAUAACUUACCCGCCGACAUUCCAGAUCACAUGAAAUUGAAAGCAGAAAUCGAAUUGCGUGCUUUACGUCUUGUCAAUCUCCAAACUCAGGUGCGCAGUGAAGUGAUGGCUUGUCUCAAAAGAGACACAACUCUCGAAACUGCACUCAAUCCAUAUGCGUAUCGACGCACAAAGCGGCAAUCUUUACGCGAAGCUCGUGUUACCGAAAAGCUUGAGAAGCAACAAAAGAUGGAGCAAGAAAGAAAGAGAAGGCAGAAGCAUACUGAUUUGAUGCAAGCUAUCAUUCAGCAUGGAAAGGAAUUCAAGGAGUAUCAUAGAAACAAUCUUCUGAAAAUGGCAAAGUCUCGCAAGGCAGUCAUGACAUAUCAUCAAAACAAUGAACGUGAACGCAAGAAGGACGAGAUUCGAAAUGAAAAACUUCGUAUGCAAAAACUGAUGCAAGAAGAUGAAGAAGGAUAUCGUGCUCUUCUUGAUGAGAAGAAAGAUCAACGUCUUGUGUAUCUUCUUCAACAAACCGAUGAGUACGUCGACUCUCUGUGCUCACUUGUUCGUCAACAUCAAAAUACCGAAAAGAAAAAGAAGAAGGAAGAUAAGAAAAUUGAAAAAGGAAAUCAAAUGGAUGAGGAAGCCAGGGUUCACGUUCGGGAGAGAAGCACUGGAAAAGCGCUUACUGGAGAUCAAGCUCCAAAGACUGAAGAAAUUGAGUUUUGGCUUGAAACUCAUCCAGAAUAUGAGAUAGUUCCACGUGAUCAGCUUAGUGAUGACGAAGAAGAGGAAGAGGAAGAGGCUCCAGUGGAACCAGAAGAAGAGAAGGAUGAUCAGUACGCUGGAAUGGAUGAAGAGACAAAAGCUAAGAUGAUCCUCGAGAAGGCACGUAACGAAGAGGAUGAAUAUGAUCAGAAAACGAAAAAGCAAAUGGCUGAUUACUAUGCAACUGCUCACAAAAUCAAAGAAAAGGUUGUCAAGCAACACACAACGAUGGGUGGUGGUGAUCCGAAUCUUCUGCUGAAACCGUAUCAGAUUAAGGGAUUGGAAUGGAUGGUCUCCUUAUACAACAACAAUCUGAACGGUAUCCUCGCCGACGAAAUGGGUCUAGGAAAAACUAUUCAGACAAUCUCGUUGGUGACGUAUUUGAUGGAAGUCAAACAAAACAAUGGACCAUAUCUUGUCAUCGUACCGCUCUCCACGUUGUCCAAUUGGCAGAACGAAUUUGCUAAAUGGGCUCCAUCUGUAACCACUAUCAUCUAUAAAGGAACUAAAGAUGCUCGUCGUCGUGUUGAAGGACAAAUCAGAAAAGGAGCGUUCAACGUUUUGAUGACAACAUAUGAAUAUGUGAUCAAAGAGAAAGCACUGCUUGGUAAAAUCCGUUGGAAGUAUAUGAUAAUCGACGAAGGACAUCGUUUGAAGAAUCACAAUUGUAAAUUGACAUUGAUGUUGAACGGAUUCUUCCAUGCUCAGCAUCGUUUACUUCUUACUGGUACUCCACUUCAGAACAAACUUCCUGAGCUAUGGGCUCUGCUGAACUUCUUACUUCCAUCGAUCUUCUCAUCUUGUGGAACUUUCGAACAAUGGUUCAAUGCUCCAUUUGCGACUACAGGAGAGAAAGUAGAACUGAAUCAAGAAGAGACGAUGCUCAUCAUCAGAAGACUGCACAAGGUUCUUCGUCCAUUCUUGCUGAGACGUCUCAAAAAGGAAGUAGAAUCACAGCUUCCUGACAAGACCGAGUAUGUCAUCAAGUGUGACCAGUCUGCUUUGCAAAAGGUUAUUUAUCGUCAUAUGCAGAAAGGAUUGCUUCUCGACGCUAAAAUGUCAUCUGGAGCACGUUCGUUGAUGAACACUGUCGUGCAUCUUCGCAAGCUUUGCAAUCACCCGUUCCUUUUCCCUAAUAUUGAAGAUUCCUGCCGUGCAUACUGGAAGGUCAACGAAGUCAAUGGAACCGAUCUAAUGCGUGUUGCUGGAAAGUUGGAACUUCUCGAUCGUAUUCUACCGAAACUAAAGGCAACAGGUCAUCGAAUUCUGAUGUUCUUCCAGAUGACGUCUAUGAUGAACAUUUUCGAAGACUUUUUGAAUUUCCGAAGAUACACGUACCUCCGUUUAGACGGUUCAACUAAACCAGACGAGCGUGGAGAUCUGCUGACACAGUUUAAUGCUCCUAACAGUGAUUUGUUCCUUUUCAUGCUUUCUACAAGAGCUGGAGGUCUUGGACUCAAUUUGCAAACUGCUGAUACUGUUAUUAUCUUUGAUUCGGAUUGGAAUCCUCAUCAGGAUAUGCAGGCUCAAGAUCGUGCACAUCGUAUCGGACAAAAGAAAGAAGUUCGAGUUCUUCGUCUCAUCACAGCUAACUCUGUUGAAGAGAAAAUUCUUGCCGCUGCUCGCUACAAGUUGAAUGUCGACGAGAAAGUUAUUCAAGCAGGAAAGUUCGAUCAACGUUCAACUGGAGCUGAAAGAAAGCAAAUGCUCGAACAAAUUAUUCAAGCAGACGGAGAAGAGGAAGAAGAAGAGGAAGUUCCAGAUGAUGAAACUGUGAAUCAGAUGGUUGCUCGCUCAGAGGAAGAAUUUAAUAUCUUCCAAUCGAUGGAUAUUGAUCGUCGUCGUGAAGAAGCUAAUCAACUUCACCGUAAACCCCGUCUUCUAGAAGAACAUGAAAUUCCAGACGAUAUUCUCAAAUUGUCAUUCGAUUAUGAGGAAAUGGAACGAGCCAGAGAGGAAGGUCGUGAAGUUGUUGAUCAAACUCCUAAUCAGAGAAGACGCAGAAGAGAGGUCGACUACUCUUCCGAUCUUUUGUCCGAUGAACAGUUCAUGAAACAAGUUGAGGAAGUUGAGGAUGAAAAUAAUCAAGCUGUGGCUGAACGUAAAAAGCAAAGAAAACGUAAAAUGGCUGGAUUGGACGAGAAUGAUGAUUCUAUGGAUGACGUUGUUCUACAACACAAGAAGAAGAAGACGGAUCCAGAAUUGGCAGAAAAAAUCAAUGAAAUGCUUGAUGUUAUUCUAGAAUAUAAAAAUGAGGAUGGAGAACUCAUCGCGGAUGUAUUCCAGACACUUCCAACUCGUAAAGAACUGCCGGACUAUUAUCAAGUGAUUUCCAAACCAAUGGAUUUCGAUCGAAUCAACAAAAAGAUCGAAACAGGACGUUAUACGGUUAUGGAAGAAUUGAAUGAUGAUAUGAAUUUGCUUGUGAACAAUGCUCAAACAUACAACGAAGAAGGCAGUGAGAUUUAUGUUAGCUCUGAAACAAUCGGAAAAUUGUGGAAGGAACAAUACGAUAAGUUUAUGAAUCCACCGAAGCCAGUAGAAGAACCAGUCAAGAAGAAAGAACCUUCAACCCCAUCAACUUCAUCUUCUCGUCCCUCAACCAGUGGCACUCCAAGUGUGUCAGAUCUUCAGCGGACACAACAGGCAACUGCUCAGCAAAUGUUAAUGCUUAUGACACAUAUGCAAUCACUUCCACCCGCACAGGCUCAGCAGUUUCAACAGGCAUUGAUGACACAGACCGGUGGAAAUCAAGCCCUAAUGCUUCAAUAUAUGCAGUCGGCUAUGCUAGCUCAACGUGCACAAGCUUCAACUAAAGUAACCCCCAAAAAGGACGAGAAAAAAGAAACUUCGUCUUCUGUAAAGACCGAGGAAGCUAAGAAAGAUGAUGAACCAUCAACAUCGUCUGCAAGUGCACCACCACCGAAAAAGAAGAAGGAAUCGGAAGAUAGUGAAGACCCAAUGGAAGAAGAUGAAGAAGAGGAGAUCAUUGGACAAAAGAAGGAACCAGCAUCAAGCCGUCGAAAGUCUCGUCCAACUCGCCGCUUCUCGAACGAGGAUGAGGAAGAAGAAGACGACGAGUGAUCAAAACUAGUCUGCUCCAAAUAUUUUCAUGUCCCCAUAAACAUUUAUUCUCUGUUUGUGUAUUCUUCAUGUUCUAUGAUUUCUGAUUUUUUGAGCUGUCACCAUAAAUAUGUCCCACCUCGUUCCCCCAUUCUUAUCUCUCCUGCUUCACAGUUAUCUCUCAUCGCUUUUUUACUGUUUAUCUCUACUUCUCUUUUCUGUCGCAAGCUACACGUUUGCAGGAAAAAAUCCCUGAAACAAAAGCAUUAAGCAUUGUAUUUAACCCAUAUUCCACUUUUAAUCCAUACUAUUCGUCAACUAUUUUAAAGAAAAAUUUAAUUUUAUAAACAUUUCGAGAG